AUGACAUCCUCGACCGUCAACGAUUACGUGAUCGAGCAGACUUCGUCGCCUAGCAAGGACAACACGAGUCCGGUUCCAUCCGAUCCGGUUGAGGUGAAUGGUGAUUAUUCGAGCGGCGACGAUUCAGACGACGAUGAUACCGAAAGGAUUUCGAUCGAUCAUGACCUGCUUUUGAAAACGCAUCAAAGGGCGAAGAAGAUGGACGAUCCGAAUUCACAGCUGUUGGCGAAGAGCGUAUUUUCAGGGCUGCUCUGCUUUGCAACAGGCUUGUGCGUGUCACUCAUUGGACCGACGUUGCCAGACCUACAAUACCUGACCGGCGCCUAUUCGUUGUCACAGACCUUGAUUGUCGUGUCGGCUAGCUCUGUUGGCAUCAUUUCCGGUAUCCUUGCAGGCGACUGUCUGUUUCGUUGGUUGUCCCCUAGGAAAGUGCUUUCUUUUUCACUAACUGCCUCAGGCUUCUUGCUCACAUUUAUUCCGUACUGCAAUGGCCUGAACAAAUGCUGUACGCUUAUGAUUCUGCAAGGAAUCUUCCUAGGCUUGGUUGAAAAAGGGGUAUUUUCGAUGUUCCAUUCGUGGCGCAGUCAGCGGUUCAUGCUGACCAUCUUGUACUUUUCAUUCGCGUUCGGAUCGUCGUUGUCACCCUUCAUAGCGUCUCAGUUCGUUUAUCACCAACGACAGAUUGAUGCAGCGAACCUGACAUCGAUGGCGACGUUGAAACCUAGUUUAUCGUCGCGGGUUUCGGUCGUUAGGCGCAGCGCAGAGGCUUUCCUAAGCGCCACCUCAUUACCGCAUAAUGGAUCAGACAUCGGUCAGCCAUUUGGCGAUGCAAACCACUCUACUGUCAUCCCAUGCUACAACGACAAUUGCACCACGAUGAUCGCUGCCACCACGAAGAAGAUUACCAAGCCGAAGGUGGCAGACGGGGCCGCACUGAGCGCUGAAACCAGUUACGCGAACAGGAAGAUGACGGCGCUGAAGCUAAGCGAACAAAAGACAAAGAACCUUGUUCCGAAGGAGCCAGAGAAUAACAAAACGGGCGAGGCGAAGAACCACGUUAAGUAUGAAACGGCGAACGAGACUUUCACGAAGCCGGAGAAUUUGACGGCCAACAAUAUCACCUCCGUGAUGAGCCCUACAGCCGCGUCAGCCGUCACUACCACAUAUGCAUCCACAACGACCACCAUCUCCGUUACUCUCACGACCUCUCAGUCUAGCCUAACUUCAAGUGUUAUUCCGACGACGGUCGCACGCACGGCCUCGCAAGCUAGCAGUAGCAUUUCGUCAGGCACGAUUUCUUUCGAGUUCUCCUCGUCCAGCCUGGCCCCGGUCACACAUGACCACAGCGUUUUGGAAAAGUUACAUUACAGACUGUGGGCGUUCGUCAUGUGGGCGGUGAGCCGAUUCAACAACGCGUACAUGUCGUACAUGGUUGUGUCUCUGUUGACGGUCGCUUUGGCGUUUCUCACUUUUACCAUCUGUUGUUGCAAGGGGUUGGGUUUGAAUGCGGGACAGCCAACGGGUGACCUGGUGCUCAGUGGACUGGAGUUCACGCAGUUCCGGGCGCAUCAGUGCACUCUCGUAUUCAUCGUGUUGCUAGCUAUGUUCGUCAGUGGCAUCGAGGCUCUAGCAUCCAGUCUGUUGACCGUGUACACGAUUGUCGGUCUGGGGGACAGCCAGUAUACUGGCGCGGUUCUGACCGGCACGUUCUUCUUGUCUGUUGCUGCCGCCCGGCUACUGCUCAUUCCUCUGAUCAAGUACUCAACCAGAAUUAUCGCCGUAAAUUUAGCUCUCUUGUUGGUGUUUGCCGGUGUUCUGGUGUUCAGCGCUGAGCUGAUGUCUUUCUGGCUAGAGGUGACAGCUGUCGGUCUUGUCAUCGGUUCGCUGCUACCCAACAUCUUCUGCUGGCUUCACGACCAAGUGGCCCUCGUACCCUGUUUCACCACCGUAUGGCUCAUCUCCUGCCACGUUGGCUGGUUGGUCGCCCCUGUGUCCGUCAUCACCGUAAUGGAGAGCCACUCAUUUCGCGACUUAAAGUUGGCCAUUUUGGUAUUGGCGCUGCUCGCCUGCUUGUCUUUCAUCGCCCUGAACCGUAUCGCCAAGCAGUCCAGUCGUCUCUCUUUGGCCAGACACCUGGCGUUCGAAAUGAACGGCAACGCGAACCAGUUUCUGUCAGAGUUUAGCCUUUCUGACAAGCUCGACGACAUCUUCAACGAUCACGACGAAUUCCUCUACUUCGAUCGUGCAAGAGACUUGAAGAUCGUACAUUGA